AUGUCUGUCAUCUAUGAUCCCUUGAAAGUUAUUCCCACUCCCCCAAAUCUGCACCAGCAGGAGGAGGGCUGUAAAAGUUGUAAGGUCUGCAAGAAGGCAGAUAUGUUCUUUGAUGCAGCUGCAGAGGAUCUUGGGGCAGUGGGCAGCCCCUUGGUCAUGGACCCCACCAGUAUCUGCAGGAAAGCACGGAGGCUGGCAGGGCGGCAGGCUGAGUUGUGCCAGGAGGAGCCGGAAGUGGUGGCUGAGCUGGCGCGGGGUGCCCGGCUUGGGGUUCGAGAGUGCCAGUUCCAGUUCCGUUUCCGCCGCUGGAACUGCUCGAGCCACAGCAAGGCCUUUGGGCGCAUCCUGCAGCAGGGUCAGUGUGAGGAGGGAACCUCCGGGCUCAGAGGAGAGGGUGGAGGUUUGGGGAGGCUGCUGGAGCCCCACCUCUCCCACAAAUCUUUGGGCACCCUGCCCCGACCCUGUCUUCCAGCCCCACCNNNGCCCCCUGGCCUUGUGGGCUCCCCAGAGGGCAGUGCAGCCUGGGAGUGGGGAGGCUGUGGGGACGAUGUGGACUUCGGGGACGAGAAGUCCAGGCUCUUUAUGGACGCGAGGCAUAAGCGGGGAAGUGGAGACAUCCGAGCGUUGGUGCAACUUCACAACAACGAGGCGGGCCGGCUGGCGGUGCGGAGCCACACGCGCACUGAAUGCAAGUGCCACGGACUGUCGGGCUCAUGCGCUCUGCGCACCUGCUGGCAGAAGCUGCCCCCGUUCCGAGAGGUGGGCGCGGAGCUGCUCGAGCGCUUCCACGGCGCCUCGCGUGUCAUGGGCACCAACGAUGGCAAGGCUCUGCUGCCCGCGGUCCGCAAUCUCAAGCCGCCGAGUCGCGCUGACCUACUCUAUGUCGCCGACUCGCCCGACUUCUGCGACCUGCUGUGCUGCGGCCGCGGGCACCGCGAGGAGAGCGUGCAGCUGGAGGAGAACUGCCUGUGCCGCUUCCACUGGUGCUGCGUAGUGCAGUGCCACCAGUGCCUCGUGCGCAAGGAGCUCAGCCUCUGCCUCUGACCUGUCGCCGGCCUCUCCCAAGGCGCGCAGCGCUGCCUCUCUACCUGUGUGACCUCUGGGCUCCAGCAGGAGGCGCUGCCGUGGCCCAGUUUACCCUGGCAAAAGUCCAUCUCUCAAGCCUCUGGAAACUGAGGUUGGAGAUAUUCGCGUGCCCAGGAAGGCCCAGUGCGGCGGAGGGAUCCCCAGAGGUGCUUUAACGGGUUCUGGGGAGACUAUACGCUGCAGGGAGCUCCGCGGUUUCCCUCUUUUGGUCCCAGAUGGAAACUUAUCUAGGCCUCUGGAUGCGGGGUCCUCAGAACUGCUGGCCAUGUGCUGGGUGGGUGAGUUUAGUAUCAAUAAAGAUAUUUAAACCAA